CACGAGAUCCAGAUCAUUCAAAAUAUGAUGUUAUAGUAGUCGGCGGCGGUCACGCCGGUUCAGAAGCGUGUGCUGCCGCUGCCCGUACUGGUGCCAAAACUUUACUUGUUACUCAAAAGCUCGAUACUAUUGGUGAAAUGUCAUGUAAUCCAUCAUUUGGAGGGAUUGGAAAAGGAAUAUUAGUUAAAGAGAUUGAUGCUUUGGAUGGGUUAUGUGGAAAAAUAUCUGACCUUUCUGGAAUACAAUUUCAUAUACUGAAUCGUUCAAAAGGUCCUGCUGUACAUGGUCCAAGAGCGCAAAUUGAUAGAAAACUGUAUAAAAAACACAUGCAAGAAUGUUUAUUUAAUUAUCCGAAUCUUACAAUAAAGGCUGCGAGUGUCUAUGACCUUGCUAUUGCACACAACUCAAUAGUUUUUGGUGAUGUAGGAAGUCAAAACAAUAUUCAUGGAGAAGUUCAAGGAGUUAAAUUAGAUUCAGGUGAAAUAGUAUUUGCGCCGAAAGUUAUUCUUACAACUGGAACUUUUCUUCAGGGUGAAAUCCAUAUCG